GGCUCGCGCGCAGCGCCGCGCUCAUUGGUCGGCGCGACAAUAUAAAGUUCCGCAGUGAUUCCCCUCGUUGACUGCCGCUCUGCCCGAGGAAGAAGAGCAGCAACCGAGAGGAUUUACUCCAACUUUACCCCCGUCGUUAUUCCCAUUCUCUCUCUCUCUCUCUCUCCGUCUCUCCUGUUCCCGAUAGCCGGUUGAAUCCCUCGCGCACCAUGAAGGAAAGAAGACUCGCGCAGCCGUUUGUCGCGCGCUGUAAACUCGUGCUGGUCGGGGACGUCCAAUGCGGUAAAACAGCGAUGUUACAGGUUUUGGCGAAGGACUGCUACCCAGAGACUUACGUCCCCACUGUGUUUGAGAACUACACCGCCUGCCUGGAGCUUGAAGACCAGCGUGUGGAGCUCAGCCUCUGGGACACAUCAGGUUCUCCGUACUACGACAACGUCCGACCCCUCUGCUACAGCGACUCGGACGCGGUGCUCUUGUGCUUUGACAUCAGCCGACCAGACACCGUGGACAGCGCGCUGAAGAAGUGGAAAGCAGAGAUCCAGGACUUCUGUCCCAGCACACGGAUCCUACUAAUAGGCUGCAAGACAGACCUGCGCACGGACGUAUGCACUCGCAUGGAGCUGUCCAAUCAGAAGCAGUCUCCCAUCUCCCACGAACAGGGUUCGUCCUUGGCCAAGCAGCUCGGAGCAGAGGCUUACCUGGAGUGCUCGGCCUUCACGUCAGAGAAGAGCAUCCACAGUGUUUUCCGUACCGCGGCUAUGGCCUGCAUGAACAAACUUCAGCCUGCCAAUAAGCCCAGCCCCGUCCGCCGCCUCUCCAAGAGACUCCUGCACCUGCCCAGCAAGACAGAGCUGCUCUCCUCCACCUUCAGCAAGGACAAGUCCAAGAGCUGCUCCGUCAUGUGAAUACUGCUGAGAUCAUGCUGCUGGGGGAGGGGGGUGGGGGCAGGGUGGGGGUGGGAGCAAGGACAAGCAGAAGCAGGUGGUUCAGCAAGGGGUCCAAGGAUAUGCAAGGGAAAGAGAGCAACGGUUUCUACAGAGAUCUCUCUCCUUUGCAGCAUCCUCCCCAAACUCCCCGACAACCACUUAAAAAAAAAAAAAGAAGUUUGCUACACUCUCUAUAUUCAACUCUGACACUGAACUUUCAUGACAUAUCACCAGCACACAGUGCAGAGACAAGAGUGGAACAUUUUUUUGUUUGUUGAAAGUAUUUCCGAUCUAUUAAAUACACACCUGUGCAAAGAGAGCAUAGCAGGCACUUUAGGACCUGUUAGAUUCCUCACGCGGAGGUUGCCUGCGAGAGCUUGAAUAAGAUGAGCGCCUCCUCUUUUUAUUUUUUAUUUUUUUUUCAAGUGGUUGUAAACACUGCUUUUGACUGCGUUACCCUGAUGGGAGUCGUUAUAAAUUCUGAUUGCGGCGCCCUUUCCCAUCUAUCUCUUUUUCCAAAUGUCUCUUUAAGGUCACAACGGGCUGAACGACGAGAUCCUAUAAAAAUCCGGCAGUUAUAGGAAAGUGGUUUCUACAGAAAUGCGACACAGGGAAUUUAAAACAGCAGUCCUUGAAGAAAUGACCCCCCCCACACACACACACACACACACACACACCUUAGUCCACCUCCCUUUCCCCACCCCCUCGACCCCUCGCCGUAUUUCUUUUGGAAAUUAAAGCUGACAGUGGAGAAGGAAGGGAUUUUGGCAAAGCAGAGUGUUCAUUUGCAAAGGCAGUCAAAGUGAGCGCACAUCUGAAGGAGCGCAGUGUGACUCAGCACUCACACGAGCUACGAAACAGUCCAGGGGUGGACAUGCUGUGACAAAGCAAACACACAAUCCUGGGCCAUGUAAAGACCAACUAAGCAUGUUUUUUUCCCUCAGAUCCCCUAUUUGUUUCCCAUCACCUCAGCAGUCGUAUGUGUUCAGUGGUAUUCAUUAUAAGGGUUCAUUUUAGGGAUGGUACAUUAAUGAUGCGUCUUCUCGCUGUUCCCCUGGUACUUUAAGAGCUGCCAGCUUUUGUUCCAGCAAAAAGUAUUAUUUUUAAUUUCCUGGUUUUUAAAAGACACACCAUUUUAGCCAGUUUUUUGUACCAAAAUGAGUCUUAGAAAUCUUUUUUAUUGAUCCUGUGCCUCAUGGAUAUUUAAAAAAAAAGUCCUCAAAUCUGAACUUUGGACUGUAAACGUGUAAUAGAUGUGUUUUUGUAGGGCUAACCUGGAAGUUAUAGCGUCGCCACGGAUCCCUUGAUAGUUUUGUUUUUUGGGGGGGAUGGGUUGGAUUGUUGCAAAGAAUAAGCUCUGAGGCUAAACAAAAAAUUAUGAUACUUUACAAAUUAUCACCACCUUCAGAAUGACAACGUUUUACUGUUCACCACGGCCACAUGAUGUCACCGCCACUAAGCUUCCAACUUUUGUAAUUUUAUUUUGCUAACCUUUUCCACAAAAGGGACCGGAUCUCGCUAGUGGUCACGAAAUCUAAAAAAAAGUUUGACUUUGAAUAGUACAACGAGCUCGCUGUAUAGGGGGAUGAGGGAGUAGAUUUGGUUCCUUGUGGUCCCCGACAAGCUCUCUAGUCUCAUAUAGCCACGCCUAUUUUAAGACAUAAGCUUCAAAAUUGUCCAGUAAUAUACAAAAUCUCUUAAGCUUUUGUUUUUCACAGACCUCAUUUCAUGCAUCGAACCAAAAAAACAUUGAUCUCAAGAUGAGGGAACCGGAAGUGCACCAUGUUUUGUGUUUUAGGACUCAUUCCUGCAGUGCUCUAUGUGGGCCAUCACACAAGCUCCAGUUGCUGGGUUAAGCUGAAUAUUGUUAACGGGUUAUCCAAGAUGCACCUGAAUAUUGUUAACGGGUUAUCCAAGAUGCACCUGAAUAUUGUAAAACGGGUUAUCCAAGAUGCACCUGCUCCCAUUUGCAGCCUGGAUGGCUGCUUUUACAAUAAAUGUCCCCGAUAGAUCGGUAGGUUGACUUGAGUCACACAAAUAGGCUGGUCCUGUCUGGAGAAAAACUUUUCUUUUUUUUCUUUUCCCAUUCAUGCUUGAAAUUCAUAAUUUUUUUUUUUUUUUUUUACUUCCCUGAAAUGCAUCUUGACUUUCUCCAUUUAUUAAGUAACUUUUUUUUCUGGGUAUUUUUACUUGCUUGUAGCUGUCUUUGGUGUUUGUUUGUUUUGUUUGUUUGUUUGUUGAUGUUGUAUUCACUUGAGUCUUCUGGCAUUAGCGGCUGUUGACAGCUCAGCUAAUGGAGGACUUGAUGAUUUGUAGGUCUGCACCGAGAAGCCCGGAGUUCUCUGGAUGUACAGAACACUGGAAUUUCACGUGUUGCCUGGCAACCGAGUGAGCAAGGGCAGGGGGGGGGAGGGGUGGGGGGGGGUUUCCUCACAGAGAGAGUGGGAGAUAGAGAGAGGGAUGGCUCUCUGAGUGGGUGCCUCACCUUUUUAUUCGUAGCAUUAGACAGAAGCCACUGCGAAGGUGAUGGCUGGACAUUUUCCGGCGCUGCUCAUGGUCUCCACAUGGUUUUAAAGAGCAGCCACGAGUGGGUUGUUGGAAGCAGCAUGCCGUCUAAAACAUGUCUCUGUAGCUCUGCUUCAGUCGUUAUUUCAAACAAAUGUACAGCCGUCGUUUCACUUUUUCUUGCUCGUCUUUUGACCGACAGGCUUGAUUUGUUGUACAUUUCCUUCCCACUGAAACUGUUUACUAGAAGUCCCUAAAAAAAGAAAGAACAAAAAUGUUUGCGUCAAGUGGCCUCUUCUGGCUUUAAAUUAUUGACUGAAUUCUGUAUUUGUUAUUGUUAUACGCUACUUUCUUUAACUCUUUAUUUAAAUAAAUAUGUCUGAAAUGCAUUUGCAAGUGUUUAUUUCUUUGAAUAUCCUUAUGAAUAAAGCGUAGACCUUUUAUGGCUGGAUUGA